AUGUGUGCUAAAAAGAAGCAGAAUAAAUCAAAUACCACUACAAACGAAUCAAUUCCAAAAUCAGAAGUGAAAACUGAUAUAUCUAGCAUUCCUCCAGAACAAAUAACGAAAUUAAGAGAUGCUUUUGAUAUAAUAGAUCAUGAUACAGAUGGUAUUAUAACGGAAGACGAUCUAAAACAAUUGAAACAAACAAUAGCUAAAGAACUAUCAGAUGAAGAAAUAAAUAAUUUGCUGGGAAAUAAAGAUGAAGAAAUGAAUUUUUCAAAAUUUUUAUCAAUAAUAUCACAAGAUUUAAAAGAUGUACCAAAUAAAAAUGAAAUACUGAAAGCUUUACAAGUAUUUUCCACUGAUUCAGAGAUUAAUUCUAAAGAGCUGGGAGAUAAUUUAAGCGCUAUAGGUAUGAAACAAACAGAUUUUGAACCAAUUUUAAAUAAAUUUAAAUCUGAAACUAUGAAUGGCGAAACAAUAUUUAUGGGUACAAAUUUCUUAAAUUUUGUAUCAAGCUAA